AUGUCAAAUGAGAGUGUUUAUGAUCCUAAUGAAGAACUUCCUUCACCAUCAAUUGAAGUACUAAAUCAAAUGCUCAAUAAAAUUUCUACACCUACUGGUGUCGAUGCAUCUUAUCAUUACAGUUUAGGUUCCCCAUUAGAAUCAAAAACGCUUUCUAAAACGUUUCCAUUUGAAAAUCAUCAAAAUAGUUUCAACACUAAUAAAUAUCAACGUACUUCUUCGUUUUAUAAUCUUGGAACAACUUUACCAAGCAGUAAUGAUUUUGAAGCAACUUUCGUGAAAACUAAUGCUCGAAGUUUAUUAUCGAAUACAAAUAUUCGAUGCAAUACGACAUUGGAACCCGAAGAUGAAAAACUUCUUAUUAUAGCUGAACCUAAAGCAUUUUAUCGCGAUAGAUAUUCUUGUGAAGUUGAUCCAACAAAGAGUCGAGCUCAACGUUUUAUUCGUGCAGAAGACAAUCAACUGAAAUAUGAAUAUCCAACUGUUAAAAUUCCAAACAAAUGGUGUGAUCCAACACGACAAAUAUAUAUUCAAGUUACAUCAGUUACUAUACUAAACGAACUUGUACCUUAUCAUUGUAUACAUCCUUAUGAAAUUGAUACACAAGAAAAUAAUGUUAUUAAAGAUCCAGAGAAUAAUUCGCUUUAUUUUCGUAUUAAUGAAGAUGAAUUUCGUAAAGGUGAAAAAAGUUUUCAAAUUAGUCGAAAAAAAAUGAUUCAAAAUGAUUUAAAAAAGUAUGGACCUCUUCGUUUAUUUAGUUCAAGUGAGAAAAUAUUUAAUAAUAAUCAUGUAUUACCAAGUAAUUUUUUAUUUACUUUAGAUCAGCCUGAUACACAACGAAUUCUAAAUUCAGAAGAUGCUAAAAGCAAGAUAACUAUAUAUCAAUUAUGGAAAUCUCAAUUUAUUUUUACUAUUGCUGAACGACAUGGCAAAAUUAAUUUCCCUAUUCCAAUAAUUCAUACGUCUAUCGAAUCUCAAAUUAUGAUUGAUGAAGUAACUGAUGGAAAGAGUUAG